AUGGCGCAGGGCAGCGGGUACCUAAAGAAGGGCAAGAGGGGCGUCAAGAAUGCAGGUUCCAGGCCCUCCAAGAAGGCCGUGAGCUACUCACACAAGAAGUCCGCGGCCAAGUUCACCAAGAAAGGCAACCCUACCACAGAGAUCCGUCGUGGCUGCAGCGGUAUGAAGAACCACGGCAGCAAGGCUGUCACGGGCUUCAUCAAUCAAAAUCUGGAGAACAUCAUGGCCAGUCGCGUGCUGCAAGCCGGCACGUCGCUGGCUCUGAGCGACGUCAAGGCGCACGGCAAAGAGCGACUCAAGGAGAUCAACCAGCACGCCCGCACCAAGAAGAAAAGCCGCGUCGCACAGAAAUUGGCUGCAUUGGAGCGAUCCAUCAAGGAUCAGGAGGAAGGUGGCACCAAGCACAAGCGCCCCACAGCCGCAGCAGUCGUCUCGCAUUCGUAA